AUGGUUAAUUCGACCAGCGAGCAUGGAGGGCAAGAUCCCCCACAAGGGUCAGGUAGAGUUGCUGCAAAUACAACGAAUGUCUCGACUUCUAUGACAGAAUCACAGGCUAUACCUACGUCGACAGGGUCUACGGCCGUAAGUAGUUCUCAGAUCAUGCUUGUGUCUACGUCGAUGACAAUGUCCACAUGGACAAUGCCUACAAUUAGUUCGACCACAACCCCUCCCUUUGUCAGUACAACAGAAAUCCCGUCAAGCACACAAGCCGCCCUUUUUUCGACGAAUUUUACAAGCCAGGUGCCACCAUUCACUCCCAGACCAACAGGAUUUAAAGGUUUUCGACCUUUAAGGGAACAACCUUAUGGAAUGCCAUCAUCUUAUAUGAUAGGUUUUCAGAGUGGUGCACCUACGUACACACAACCCGCUACGGCGACCUUUUCACCAAAUGCAGGUUCGAUUGGUCGAAGUGCACAAAAUCAGGGUCCGUCGAACCAAAUGCCUACAUUGAUUACCAACAAUCAAGCAACGUUUAGGCAAUAA